AUAGCACUCCAGAGCUCCUAAUAUAGAGCCAACCGCUUUGUAGGAGAGGGUAACAAACAGUUUGAGUUUUCUGCUUUGAAGACUUUUUCAUGGACACAACGGGAUUAUGGAACCUCUCUCACAGGUGUCAUUCCCAAAAAAGAAGCAGGAAAUACAGAAACAAGAGGCUGAUGCCACCGUCUACAUGAAUUUCAUGAAGAGUCACUGCUGCUAUGAUGCCAUUCCAACCAGCUGUAAACUGGUCAUAUUUGAUACCACACUGCAAGUGAAAAAGGCCUUUUUUGCACUGGUGGCAAAUGGCUUGAGGGCUGCGCCUUUAUGGGACAGCAAGUUACAAAGAUUUGUGGGUAUGCUGACUAUUACAGAUUUCAUCAACAUCCUCCAUUGCUAUUACAAGUCCCCUUUGGUUCAAAUGUAUGAGCUGGAGAGCCACAGGAUUGAGACAUGGAGAGGUGACUCAUUUAAAAACGUCUACUUACAGUGUUCCAAUCAAUUCCUCAUAAGUAUCUCUCCAGAGGCCAGCCUCUUUGAAGCCAUCUAUUCCUUACUUAAAUACAAGAUCCACAGGCUGCCGGUCAUCGAUCCAGAGUCUGGAAAUGUCCUGCACAUUCUGACCCACAAGAGAAUCCUCAAGUUCCUCCACAUAUUUGGGAAAAAGGUUCCCAAGCCCGCAUUCAUGGGAAAGCGGAUCCAGAAGCUCGGGAUUGGAACGUUCAGGAACAUUGCCACUGUUCAGCAAACGGCAUCGCUUUACGAUGCCCUCUCCAUUUUUGUGGAGAGGCGGGUGUCCGCGCUGCCUGUGGUGGACGAACAAGGCAAAGUGGUGUCACUCUACUCAAGAUUUGACGUGAUUAAUCUGGCAGCCCAGAAGACUUACAACAACCUGGACAUGACUAUGCGGGAGGCCGUUUGCAUGCGCUCCUGUUUCUUUGAAGGAGUAAUCAAGUGCUAUCCUGAUGAAACCUUGGAAACCAUCAUAGACCGCAUAGUCAAAGCUGAGGUCCAUCGUCUGGUCCUGGUGGACAGGUCUGACGUGGUGAAGGGCAUCAUUUCUCUGUCCGACCUGCUGCAGGCCAUGGUCUUAACCCCUGCAGGUAUUGACGCCCUUUUGUCCUAGCACCAGAGGACACAGGCAGGGUCCCCUUCCCUCCUUUACCACCUGUGUAGGCUUGAGUCCUGGCCGUGUGUACCCAACCAGAAAUCAACCUGAAGUGAGAGCUCACGUGAGGAAGACAAACGCUGUGCUGCUGUUUACAUUAAGGUGUCUUACGGGAUCUAUGUGCUGCGUUCAUGUAACAAGAAUGGACAGUGAGUGGACUUUGAUACUAAUGAAUCUUUAUAGGUCUCCAGCACAGUGUCCACAUUGGCUGCAUUUGAUCAAAUUGAUCAAUAUAUGUUUACCCAAUACUGUAUAUUUCUGUAUUAAAUGUUUGUAUCACAACUGGCUGGUGUUUUCCAUGUAUAUUUCCUGGAGAAAUAUUAUAGCUGGAGUGUGCUUAUAUAGAAGAGUAUACACAAUAUAUAUAGGAUAGAUUAUCAGUAAUAGUAGAUGCAGUAGUAGAAGUAAUGGCGGCUAUCCUCUUCUGUUAAACCUAUGCUCUCCAUAAUCUAGGUGUUUCUAUGGGCCAGGAUUUGAAUCUUGUUGAGAAAGUACCUAGCAGAUAUUGAGAUAAUUACUCAUGAAUACAUGUAUCACCCCCCGGCUUGACUACCGAAAUUAUUCUUCCAGCUGUCUUAGCUUAUUAAGACAGCUAAGACAGUUUAGUUUAUUAUUAAUUAUGUUUUUUAGCUGGAUUUCUGCAUCUAAUGUCUAAUUCUCUGUCUCUAAACUUGCUUUUUUUGUCUUGUCUGCUCUUGAAAUGUGCCAUAUGAAUAAACUUAUGUACUUACUUA